CAACUUUUAAUUGAUUCAAGUUCAAGAUAUAAUAUUACUGAAGCUACUAACCCAGAAUAUCACAAGCCAAAAGGUCAUCCCCCAAAACAAUUGAAAUCAUUUGUUGAAGAAAGUGAAAGUUCCAAGCAAAAAUCUAAUCAUGAACAAAGAACAUGUAGCUAUUGUUUAGAUAAAGGGUAUAAUAUUCACGAAUAUACUCAAUAUAAAGCUGAUCUAGUCAAUAAAGAAAAUUAA